UCGUUCAAACUGCCGCUUGACUUGUAGGCUUAGUCUGUAGAGCUACAGUGAACAGAGACUUUUUCUUCUUUUUUUUCUUUUUACAAACAUAUGCAAAGUUUACUGAAAUAACAAUUCUUAUAAUUGCUUAUGAUAUGGAUACUUGCCUAUAAUGUUUUAGAUUCAAGUUUUGUUUUCAAAACAGCUACGAAUCUAGUAUACGAAACUAUCACAUGAUGUAAACAAACGAUUUCGUAAGAUUAUCAUUAUGAUUCGUAGCACAUGGAGAAAAAUAAGGCUUUGGCGACCUCUUUUCGAAAUGAAGAGGUUAACCGUAAAUUCUGGCUGCCAUAGAGUUCUGAAGAUUGUGGGGUCAUCUUUAACACUUUGUGCCAUACCAGCUGCUAGUCACAUGGAGAUUCCCAAUAUGGAUGACUACUCCACUUCAAAGCUUCUCCAGAACUCGAGUGUCGCCAGCGCAGAGUCAGCAGCAGCUUUGUUAACGUACACGAUGGUGGCACUGUUUAGUAUCGAGAAAGAAUACACAAAGGGAGUCUACACACUGAUAAAGUUGAUAGAAUUGAGGCUGGAGAACCCAGGCCACCCUGAUAUGGACAAGAUAGAUGAGUUGAUUGUAGAAACCAGGAUCAAUGUGAAGACACUGAAAAAGAAAAGACAGGACCUAGUCAUGCUCCUUUCAGUUUGUCAAAGACUUGUCAAUGAUGCAUCAGAAGCAGCUUAUAUGACAGGAGCAGAGUUUGCUGGAUUCACGAGUAACAGCAAACUAACAAGCUGUGAGACAUUCUUAAAGCCAUGUGAACUUGAACGCGAAACAGCAGAAUCACAUUUGGCGGAGAUGGAAGCACGUGUCAUUGAAGUGGAAUCAAAGCGUGCAAAAGUGGAGGAAGGUAAAAUUAAAACUGAAGAGGAAGUGGAAGAUUUGACUCAUGAUGGUGGUGUAAUGGAAAAAAUGGAAGUGGAAGAUUUGACUCAUGAUGGUGGUGUAAUGGAAGAAAAGGAAGUGAAUUCUGAACAGGAAGUUGUGGUUGAGAAAUCAGACUUACCCCAGACAGACAGUUCACCCACUGUGGAGAAUGAUGGUGUUGGAAGUCCCAAAAUGAGUUAUGUGGAGACAUUUGAUAUAGGGAGCAAGGAUGAUUCUUUAGAUGAUGACUAAUCACAUUAAUUUUAUAGAGUACUAUAAAGAUGCAAUAUUUUCAUAU